GAAAAAACUUGCCGCACGAUUCUUAGCAAGAAAAUUGAAAUCAGCUCCAAGUUUUUCUUCAUCAUUGAUAAUUCAUCGUCCAAUUGUUGGAGGAGGGCGAUUUGGAGGAUCUUUGAAAUCAUCAUUAUGUGAUUUCAAUGUUCCGAACAUGAUUAAUAGAAAAGGCUUUCAUAUUUGUAUUGUCAAUUCAGCAAGAAAGAAACAACCUGCUUUUACUUCAUCAAAUUUAUCUAAUGAUGAUAGUAAAUCUAACAAUAAUACAGAAAAGCCUUUAGAAGUGAAUUCUACACCUCUUGAAGAAGAAAAGAUCAAAACAAAUGUUGAUGAACAAAUUACAUCACCAUCAUCUACGAAUGAAUCAUCUACAACAACACCACCAACCACAUCAACAACAACAACACCACCACCAAUAACAGAAUCUAAUAUUGGUGAAACACAGCAACAACAACCAAUUGUUACUAAUCCGACAUCACAAAUUCGUGAUCCUGUUCCUCCUGCUGUGGUCAAUCCUGAACAUCACUUUUACACACAAAAAAUUAGAAAUUUAGCCAAUGAAUUGGAUAUGAUGUUAAAGAGAAGAGGUUAUUCAACAUUUAGAGUUUUAGUUACAACAUCACUUGGUCUUGCUGUUUUCAUUUUCUUAUUUAGUGAAGAUAUUAAGAAUUUCUUCAGUCAACAUGGUGCUGAUGUGGCCUCUAGAUCUUUAGGAUCAGAAAGUGUUCAAAUGAGUGCAGAAGUACUCAGUAAGGCAGUAGUUCAACAAGUAUUAAGUGAUGCAAAGACUACUGAACAUGCUGUCAAUUUUUUGAAAGAUUUAAUUUCUAGAAAGGAAACUCAACAAUUACUAGUUACUCUUUUAUUACAAGUUCUUCAAGAUCCAAUCACUCAAGAAUAUGUUUCACAAUUUGCUAAAGAAAGAAUAGCGUUAUACCUUUUACGAGACGAAUAUACUAUACAAGUAGCUUCAGAAUUUGCUUGGAAAAUUAUUGAUAAACCAGAAACAAAAGAUCACUUGGUUAUUUUAUUGAAUAAUGCACUUAAAGAUGAAGCUUUCAGACAACAUGUUGCAGACCUAUUUGCCUCUGUAAUUUUAUAUGAUGUUGUAAAACAAAGUGGAUCAGAAUUGGGAAUGCACACUGUUCACAAUGUAAUGGAUGAUCAAAAUGUUCAACAACAUGCUGAAGUGUUUGUUACUGGAAUUUUGUCCAAUCAAAAAGUUCGACAUGAUGCUGGAUUUGCUCUUUGGGAAGCUCUUAAAGUUUCAUUAACUCCAACAUGGUUCUAUCAUCCACCACCAAAUGCACCAGAACAAACAUCUGAACAACCUGCACCUGAAGGAGAAAAACCAACAGAAGAAAAGAAACCAGAAGAAAAACCAGAGGAACAAGCUGCUAUAACAGCAUCUACUGAACAACCUGCUGCUCUUGAAUCAUCUGAAAUUAAGCAACCAUUACAAAUUACUCAAACAACUCUCCCAUCAAGUAAUCCUGUAAUUCCUGAUGUAAUUGGUAUUACAAGUUUAGAUAAUAGUGGAGCUUCCACUAAAAAGAAGUCAACCUCAACUGAGAUUGCUGUUGUGAAUAAUUCAAAAUAAUGUAAAUACAACUAUUUAUUCUUUUAUUU